GUCGCUGCUGAACGAGGCCGUCGUCUGUCCCUGGUCGAGCGCGAUGUAAACAAACUAGACUUUUCUCGCCUAUUUCCUCCAUUUCUUCAUCUACCUCAAUGUUACAAUCGGCGGCAUAGUGGAGCAGUCAUGUCGGGGUUGGUGGCGGUGCAUGUAGGUGCUGGGAGUCAUUCAUCAUCCCUCAAAGGAGAAUACAAAACCUUAAUGAAAAAAGCAUGCAAUCAGGCCAUGGCAUUGCUGAGAGGGGGAGGGAACGCUGUGGACGCUGUCUGCGCAGCCACGCAGGUUCUGGAAGACUCGCCUCGCACGAACGCUGGGGUUGGAUCGUCCCUCACAGCUGAUGGUAGAGUCGAAUGUGAUGCGAGUAUCAUGGAUGGCCGAACUCUACGCCACGGUGCAGUCGGUGCUGUACCGGGAGUGAGGAAUCCCAUUCUCUUGGCUCGACAGAUCCUAGAAGCACAGUCACAACCAUUGCCAGGUGGCCUAGUACCUCCAAGCUUUUUAGCUGGCUCAGGGGCUCAGGUUUGGGCAGCAUCCAACAAUGUGGAAACAUGUGAACCUGCAGAAUUGAUUGCUGAGAGGUCGCAAAGGAUACACGAAGAGAGCCUAAGAAACAUCCAGCGGCUAGAAGAGGGGGGGACUAAAAGAAGACGGUAUGCUUUACCUGAAGAGGAAGAGGAAAUGCAGGGAGGACUCUUAGAUACAGUUGGUGCAGUAUGUGUCGAUGGUGCUGGGUAUGUUGCUAGUGCUGUGUCCAGCGGUGGUCUCCUUCUCAAACACACGGGCCGAGUUGGACAGGCAGCAGUAUAUGGUUGUGGAUGCUGGGCAGAAAAUAACUGUGAUGGCAGCGGUGUAAGCAUAGGUGUCAGUACGACCGGGUGCGGGGAGCACCUGAUCCGCACAAUGUUCGCAAGGUUAUGCGCUCGAGCUGCCAUAUCACCGUCGAUGGGAAGAAGCAUUGUAGAUGCAGUUACUACACACUUUCUUGAGUCUGAAUUCUUAGAAGGAGUUCAUCCGAGGAUGGCAGGUGCUUUGAUACUGCGGCACGACCCACAAGGAUCGGUGAGCGAUCUUUACUGGCUCCACACAACCCGCACCAUGGGUGUUUGUUACAUGACAACGAAUGACCGCAAACCUAAGGCGCAGUUUUCUGAAUUAGCGGAAGAAAAAAUUGGUGUUGCAGUUCAUCUCCAAAGUAAGUCUUUUGGCGGCGGAAUACCCGUCACUACCCCGAUUGAGGGAAUGCGAGCGGGCCCAUCCCACGGGGAGGCCUCUGGCCUCUUGGUGGGGGAGGAGACGGGAAAGAGCGACUCCAGUGACGAGGAAGAAGAACCAGGAUAACACGCAAAGGAAACAAGGAAAUAACCUGAGAGAGAGAGGAAUGAAAAAUCGUGUCUUUGUCCCUUCAGGAGCGUCAUUAUUAGAGUUGCUGAGACACAGCAGCUGUGAUGUCAUUUGUAAAUUGUUCUCAU